UUUGUGCUGCUGUGGCUGAUCCUGGAACUGCACCGACACACUGAAGAGUCACCGAGUGUCUCUCUCUCUGUGUGAGUGUGUGUGAGAGAGUGUGUGUGUUCAAGUCCAACUCGUCUCUGUUGUUGUUGCUUAUCGAGCCACAAAACCAAAGCGGCUUCCUCCCCGGAUCACAUCCCCGGAGCAGGGAUGUGUUUUGUCCGUUGAUGGUCAUCCGACGACCAUUACACACCGACAGCAGCUCCCUGAACGCACCACCGACAUCUUGGCUGCUGUUUUUGGCUUAAAAAAAAAACAAAACAAACAAAAAAAACUCCUAAAUUUACACCACCCGCUCCCCACUCCCCCCACAAAAGCAUCGUCCGUCUUCCUUUCCCUGGAUCCGACCAUCUUGGCUGCUGCUUUCCAGGCGACAACACACCGGCUGUGAUGGCAGAGCAUCUGUCCCAGAGUGAGCUGGACUAUCCAUUCAAACUUCUGGAAUAUUUCAACGGCUUCAGGGUCUCAAAGGUGAUAUUUUCAGCCUGUGAGCUGGGAGUGUUUGACCUCCUGCUGAGGUCCCAGGAGCCUCUGAGUGCCCAGCAUGUGGCCCGGGAGCUGAGCACCAGCGUGGACGGGAUGGAGCGGCUGCUGGACGCCCUGGUGGGCAUCGAGAUCCUGGAGGUGGAGACCACAGACGGGACAGCUUUUUACAGCAGCACUGAUGUGGCAAACCUUUACCUGGCCAAAGGCAGCGCCAAGUCUCUUCACGACAUGAUCAUCUACCAGUCCCAGACCAUCUACCCACUGUGGAAUAACAUGGUGGACGCCGUCAGGGAGGGGAAGAACCAGAAUGAGAAGACCUUUGGCCUUCCAUCAGAGGAUACUUUCCAAGCUAUUUACAGAUCAGAGGAGGAGAUGUUGAAAUUCAUGGGUCUGAUGAACUCCUCGUGGGUUCUCGAUGGACGCGACAUCGUGACAGCGUUCAACCUCUCCUGCUUUCAGACGAUUGUAGAUCUUGGAGGAUGCACUGGUGCUCUAGCUCGAGAGAUGGCGAAGGAAUAUCCCUCUUCCUCCGUCAUCGUGUUCGACCUCCCACAGGUCGUAGAGACGGCUCAGAAACAUUUCUCCCAGGAGAACGAUAGCGUCGUAUUUCAGACAGGAGAUUUCUUCAGUGGUGAAAUCCCUGCUGCUGACUUGUACGUUCUGGCCAGAAUCAUUCAUGACUGGGCCGAGGAGAAGAGCCUGACUCUGCUGAAGAAGAUCUACGACACCUGCAAACCAGCUCAGCUCAGUUUUUCCUCCUGGCAGGCGGUGGCGUCCUGCUGGUGGAGGCCCUGCUGUUUGAGAACAGACGAGGUCCCGUCAUGGCUCAGAUCUUCUCCCUCAACAUGCUGGUGCAGAUGCAGGGCCGGGAGCGUCCGCCGUCAGAGUACACCCACAUGCUCCAGAAGACCGGAUUUCAAAACGUUCAGGUGUGUCGGACCGGCAAGUCGUACGACGCCAUCCUGGCCAUCAGAUGAGCUCAGACCGACGCCGGGACGGUCGAGAGAGGAAAGUAAAGAACAUUUAACUUGAACAUUUCAAGGCCUUGAAAAGGUUAGGGAAAGAACAUCAAACCAUAAGCUCUGCAAAAAACACUGUUCUCUGAUUUAUGUUGUCGUCAACCUCGGUGACUUUUCAGAUACUGUGAUUACAGUUCAACCUGUUUUAAUUAAUAUUUCACUACUGCCAGUAGCCAGUUAGCUUAGCUUAGCAUGAGCUAGCCUGCCUUUAUGAAACAGUAACAGGCGCUUCUAAAUCUCACUAAUUAACAUUAUAGAUAUAUUUUGUUUUAUCUGCACAAAAACCGUGUGUAGAGGAGGAGAGCACUGAGAUCGAUAGAAGAUAAAAUCAUUUGUUCAGAACAGAUGUUUUUGGCAAAAGCUUUGUCAGUUUUCACACUGAACGUCUGCCUGUAAUGUUUGUUUUGGAUAACUGAUCUUUCUUAAGUCAGUAAUAUCAAAAGAGCAUUAAUGCAUCAUGUCAUCCAUAUCACAGACAUUAUAACACUAAUUAACGCCUACAAGAUGUUGUGAUGUGCACCUCUGUUUGCUGUGAUGAGUUCAGGUUCCCUCAUAAAUCAGACACUGCACAACUCAACGCUUCACGACAAACCUUCGUUUACCUCCGUCACUCCUUUACUGUUAAAAAGUUCUUCUUUAUUUCUCCAGUCACAGUGUAAAGGCUGGUUACAUGAAAAAUCAACUUUUUCAACCUGGUUCUCAGUGAUGUCAGUGUUCAUCAUGCUGUUUUAUAUAUAUAUCACAUUAUGAAAGUGUUUACAGUAUAAAUCAGUUUACAUCAUCUCAGCAGUGAGUUUCUCUUUUUAAGUUGAGGAGAUAAUUGUUUUUUGUGUUUUGCAUGUUAUUAAUGAGAAUGUGUGAACACAAAUGAUCAAAAUGUGCAGUGAAAACAUAGAAAAACCGUCUUUAUGUAUUAACACACGUUACCAUGAGCUUGUUUUCUGUCUUCUGAUCAUUCCACUCCAACAUGUUGGCAGCAUGCAUCCUUCAAACUAAAUCACAGACAUGUGAUGUUUACUCUCUGUGUGAACGGCUCAUUUUUUAAAAAGUUGUUGUUCCUAUUAAAAGCUCUGCACGUGUAAACAA